ACACAAAACACAAAACACAAAACACAAAACACAAAACAAAAACAAAAACAAAAUGAUGCUAUUAUUUAAACCAUCUUCAACUCUAGGAAGAAAAUUAAAACCACGUCCAUACCAAAGCUUCUCUGAGUCUCUUCUAAUAGAUAGUAUCGAAGCAGCUGAAACUCUCACACGCAAAUGGAUUUCUCCUGACCUAUCUAGUUCAUCUUCUUGCUCCCUCUCUUCGAUUUUCUCAGCCAAUAACCGCGCCGAAGGUCGAAGAUUCGUAGAAGUUACCAACAGCUUACAAUACGCUAUACAAGGAGUUGUCUUGGUGAAUCCUGAAUCACCAAAACUAACUCGUGCGCAUAAUCUUGUAACCAUCGCUAUGAAACAGUUGGAGAAAGAGUUUUACCGUAUUUUGAAAUCGAAUCGACGGAAUCUUGAGCCCGAAUCGGUAUCAUCCGUUCGAUCUUCUCAAUCUUUCAACGCUAGGAAUAAAGUGUCGAAAUACUCCCAAGUUCCUAAAUCCGAAGAAGCUGAUGUAAUGACUGAUUUGAAAAUGAUCGCUGAUUGUAUGAUCUCGUCCGGUUACGAAAACGAAUGUGUCAAGAUUUACAAGAAAAUAAGAGGAUCAAUCAUGGUUGAAGCGUUGAGUAACUUAGGGUUUGAGAAUCUUAGUUUUGGCAAGAUUCAGAAACUUGAUUGGGACAGUAUGGAAAAGAACAUCAAGAAAUGGUUAGAAGCUACGAAAGUUUUAAUAACAAAUCUUUUCGAUGGUGAACGUAUUCUUUGCGAUCAUGUUUUUUCGCCUUCUGUCUCUGUUGCCGAGUCUUGUUUCACGGAGAUUACGUUAGAUAGCGCUUUAACACUCUUUAUAUUCCCCGUGAGCGUUGCGAGAUGUCGAAAAACCGUAGAGAAGAUCUUUCUUACUCUUGAUGUUUACCAAACGAUUUCGCAGCUUCUUCCUCAAAUCGAAGAGAUUUUUAGCUAUAAUUCGACUUCUGCGGUUCGCUUACAAGCCGCUGAUUCUCUCAAGAACCUAGGCGAAGCGAUUAAUUCGAUGGUUGCGGAAUUCGAAGCUUCGAUUACGAAAGAAGCUUCGAAAUCGCUAAUCCCUGGAGGCGGAGUUCAUCAACUCACAAGGUAUGUAAUGAAUUUCAUAGUCUUCCUUGCGGAUUAUAACGAAUGUCUCGCCGGAGUUCUCACCGAAUCGACAUUACCUUUACCGGAAGAUUACUUCGGGAACAAUGAUGAAGACAACAACAAAGGAGGCGAAACAGGAACUUCGUCAUCUUCUCCCGUGACCACAAGAUUCGCGUGGCUAAUCCUCGUCUUGCUUUGUAAAAUCGAUACAAAAUCUCGAAUGUACAGCGACAUGGCUCUCUCGUACCUAUUCUUAGCCAACAAUCUCCAUUACGUGAUCUCCAAGGUACGCACGUCGAAUCUUAGGGUUGUAUUGGGAGACGAAUGGGUGACGAAUCACGAAGGUAAAGUUACGCAAUACCUCGAAAAAUACGAGAAAAUAGCUUGGGGAGAAGUGAUUACGUCACUUUCCGAUACCGACGAAGAGAUGCUCGAAGAACACGUGGCGAAAGAGCGGCUGACGCGUUUCAACGAGGCGUUUGAAGAGGCGUUUCAGAAACAGAGCGAGUGGGUUGUGCCGGAUUCGAAACUAAGGGAGGAUUUAAAAGAAUCCGUGACGAAGAAGUUAACGACUGUUGCGACGUCGUUUUAUGGAAAAUAUCACGUUGAGAAUUGGGAGGAUAUUGUUAGAUAUGCCCCUGAAGAUUUGGGUAAUUACAUUUCUGACCUUUUCUUAGGUACGGGACGUUCGUGUAUGAUCGUUCCUUCGCUUAAACCUUCGGACUCGGGACGUUCACUUAAGUCAGAAUCAGGACGUUGAAAACUGUAGUGGUAUUUCUGUAAAU